GAGUGUGCUGCUGAUAACAGGCAGAGAGGAAGUGCUGCUAUUGCAACAUCGCUGCCACGUCUGUAGGAUCCUCUGCAGCAGCAGCAGCAGCAACGGGACUGAGGACCGGGAUGGGUCGGUGCCGGGCGGUGGGGGGAUGAGAGGGAGAGGUGGGAGUGACCGAGGAAACACAGAGCAGAGAAAGGAGAGAGGAAACACGUAGAGAGCCUGGCUGGGAGAAGGCUGCCCGCAGCUCCAGCUCGAAGGAGCGAGCGCUGCCUUCUGGAGGAGCCGGAGCUCCAUUGUUCCAACAGAGCGGCUUGUUUCUGCGCUUUCCCCUGGCUCAGGAGGAGGGCGUCCCCCAUGCUAAACUCAGGGACAAUGGAGGAAUUCGUCACCGAGGAGGAAGAGCCGUGGUACGACCAGCAGGACCUGGAGCAGGACCUCCACUUGGCAGCAGAGCUGGGGAAGACACUGCUGGAGAGGAACAAAGAGCUGGAGGAUUCCCUGCAGCAGAUGUACAUCACUAAUGAAGAGCAAGUGCAAGAGAUUGAGUACUUGACAAAGCAGCUGGAGGUCCUUCGGGACAUGAACGAGCAGCAUGCCAAAGUGUACGAGCAGCUGGACGGUACUGCCAGAGAGCUGGAACGCACCAACCACACACUAGUGAUGGACAGUAAGAGCUCACAACAAAAGAUAGAGAGUUUAACAGGGACCAUUGAGACUUUGCAGAACCAGGUGGAAUCUCUCUCAGGGCAGGUGGAGCAGCUUCGCUCCAUGGAGCAGCUGCGAGUCAGGAGGGAAAAGAGGGAACGACGCAAGACCAUUCACUCCUUCCCUUGCCUGAGGGAGCUUUGCACAGCACCCAGGUAUGAGGAUGAGUUUGUAGUGGGCAGGGCUGAGAGCUUUACAGUGGAUACAAAGCGUCCACCAUUUGAAGAAGAGAACCAGCAUCUGAGGGAGGCGGUAUCGGCUCUACGAGCGGCUGCCCGUACUGAGAGAGGUCGUAGGGAGGGGGUGGAGAGAGAGUGCAACCUCCUUCUUGCAGAGUUCUCCCGCCUGCAGACACGGGUGCAGGAUGCUGAGAGCUGCCAGGCGAGGGUACGGGAGUUGGAGGUGGAGCUACAGGAGCUGCAGCAGCUACGUCGUGCUCGGACUUUCCUGCUGAGCAGCGAGGAUGAUGGUGUGACUAUUACCCAGACUGUCCUCAACAGCACCCCAGAGACUGACACCUUCCUGGAAGUUGAGGUUGGGGAGACAGGUGGCGGCGUGAGGGAGGAGACUGAAGGCGGAGGAGGUGUGGGAGGGGAGGCUCUCCCUGAGUCCAGCCCUGUGAGGAAAAGCUGCAGUGACACGGCGCUCAAUGCCAUCGUGGCCCGCGAUGCGUCCGGCCGCAGGAGGGGAAGCUACGCUCUCCACGCCAACAGCGUGAGGAAAAGAGGGAUGUCCAUCCUCAGGGAGGUGGAUGAGCAGUACCACGCCUUACUGGAGAAAUAUGAAGAGUUGUUAGGGAAGUGUAGGCGCCACGAGGAGAGUCUGUGCCACGCCGGGGUCCAGACUUCCAGACCCGUAUCCAGAGACCCGUCCAUGAAAGACUGUGCCAUGGGCCCCACCCCGGCACCUCCUCCUACCCCUACCCAGUCGCCCUCCACCCCUGAGGCCAUUGAGAGCAUCAGUAAGCAGGUGGAGCAAGUGGAUAAGAGGCUGGGACAGAACACUCCAGAGUACAAGGCCCUUUUUAAGGAGAUCUUCUCUCGUAUCCAGAAGACCAAGAUGGACAUCAAAGCUACCAAAGCGGCUAAGGCUAGCAAAUCUGGCAAAUCUGGCAAGUCUAGUAAACACUAGUGGUACUGAUUGGGUUUAGAGAGGACAAUAGUAUGUUAUUUCAGUGUUAGGUGCUAGAGUUUGUUAACAGAGGCUUAAACAUUCUUAUAGAAGGUGCUAGUUUGAACAUCACUAAAUUCAAGUACAGUUCAGUUUAGGUCAAAUUAGGGUGCACGGUUUCAUCCAGAACCGAAACCUUGCAGCGUAUACAAGAAUCUGAUAUGCAUGUGAUCAGUUUUAAAACUUUGCAGAAUUCAGUCAUAUAUAUAAAACAUGGAUGGAUUUGUUAAGAUUGAGAUUACCUUUAUUUUAUUUAGUGUUCCUACUAAAUAUAUACUGGCUUCACUGCCUGACUACUUUAGGCAUAUACCACAAUAACACAAUAACAGCAAUAUGCCUCACAGGAGCCUCACAAGUGCACUAAAUGUUAAAGCUUCACAAAAUAACACUUGGAAAUUUGCAUCUCUGAUGAAAACAUGAGUGGAAAUCUAAAACUAAUAUUAACAUGAGCUGUACCUGUUAUUAUAAUGGACUCUACUAACAUUUGUAGGCUAUAAGCUAAUUACACUAAGAAAGACAAAGAUUGCUCCUCUCAGGCCACAGUGCUGUCAGUCUCGGAUGAAGUCGAGGUGCUAAUAGUUCUUCCCCCAUCAUAUAUCACUAUACAAAUGAACACUGUUAAAAAUUUAAAUAAGCCUUUAGUGUGGAUGGCAUUGCUGCCCUCCUGCACCGUCCUCAGUGUGUGACCUUCCUACUGCUUUUUAAAGUUUGUGGUGCCUCGCAGGUUUUAUCUAGAGGUUUGAGGAAUAGCUUUUUUCCUGGCAGUUAGAUAAAAAGAUUGAUACCACUUUGAUGUCCGUAUGGUAAACAUAAAGUUACAGAAGCCGGUUAGCCUAGCUUAGACAGGGAAACAGCUAGCCUGGCUCUAUCAACAUUGACACGUUACAGUUUUAUGAUCUGCGCCAAAGAAUUUCUUGGCUGAGAACAGAAACCACAAACUGUUUUUACUUAGUUUUCUAGCAGAUUAACUAAACAAAAUAUAACAUGUUAAUUAGAAAGCUUUAAAAGGUGGAUACCGUUAGCUUUGGACAGAAUAAUGUUAGCUGUUUACUCCUGUGUUGAGUCAUUAGCUAUGUAGGUAAUCAUGCUGCAGCUUCAUGUUUAGCAAAGAAACUAUAGACUGUAUAACUCACCCAUUAAUAUCUUAUCAAAGCUCACAUUUCGCAUUAUCCUGCUUAAUAAAGGUACAUAAUAAUUUUGGGUCGUGGCUUGAUGAUAACCCCAGAUUUGCAAACCAAUGGCAAAGUGCUUCAAAAUAUUCUUGUCUCACUGUUUCAUGGUUUGACAACACUGUGUUUAAGGUCUGGUUCUGCUUAUGUGCAAAAGCACUUGGUUGGGGUUAGGAAAAGAUAAUGGUUUAGGCUAAAAUGAUCACUUGAACUUGCGAAUCUGGGGUUAGACAAGACAAGGAUUGUGGCUGUUGCCAUCUUGUAAUGAUGCGUGGGUUAGGAAUUUUUUAAAAAUCUGCCCUAACCCAGCCUGGUAAGAAAGCCAAAUGGCCCUGCCCAACUGGCAAACCUGCAAACCCACAACACAGAGCUUCGUGGAAGGUUUCAUUGAAUGACCAUCACUAAAAACAACCUUCCUGCUGUUAGCUAUAUUGUAUGUAAUUUCAAGUAUCACAAUAUAAAACGUGUUUUCUGUUUAAAAAGUACAAAGUAGGAGGACAGCAAGUAUUCACUCAUCUUUUAAAUGGUUAUAUCUUCAGUAUGAUCUCAAGCGAACACUUGAUAUCCUACGUUUACAUAAGCACACAGCUGAUAGGUACUGUACAGUGGUUUACAUGAUGUAAUAGCAGUGCAUGUUUAAAGGAUUCAGUGUGAACAGAGAGAGACGCUUGCUGUUAGGACAUGGUGUUAGGCCUACAUUUUCUCAGAGGACAUAUUCUUACAAGACAUUAUGACCAGAGAGAUUUAACUAUAAGAUUUAAGUUCCAGCAGAUUUUUACUGGUCAAAAAUCUGACAAUGAGAGAGAUGGAGAGAGAGACAGAAAAAGGUGAAGAGAAGGUGGAAGGUGGACUGUUGCACAAACUGUAAGUUAUCAAUAAUUUGCUCAGAACACUGAUUUGUCACUUGGUUUUCUGCUAGGAGUGACCAUAUUUGUAGAGUGAGGGGUGGAUCUGACUGUGGAGACACCUUGCUGACAGCCUGUCAGUUCACAGUGACCACACCCUUAAUUAUGCAUAACUUUAAGCCUUAAUAAAAUUUAAAGAGGUUAUAUAAAAAUUCAGCCCCUGUACAGUUGUCAUGAAGAGGGAAGUUAGCUAUUGACCGCAUUUUGUUUUUACCAGGCUGUAAACAUGUUUACUUGUGUUACAAAGUCUAUGGGGAUUGACUGGCUUUUGGAGCCAGCUUCAAGUGGCCGUUAGUGGCACUGCAAUUUUUGGUAAUUCCACAUUACCUUCAUUUUGUACAGGUUACCAUUUGGAAAAGACAGUGGUAUGGUAUCGAUAUUCUUAUCAAACUGCCAGCAAGAGAGCAAAUAAGUGCAUUUCCCAAAUAUGAAACAAUUUUGAGCUAGUGUUGAUUACAGCAACACUUGUGCUUACAUUUAUAGUGCCAAGAUGCCGUUGGAUUUCAAGUACAAAAUCCUACCCAAAACUUUAGAAAAGGAAUCCAGACUGGAAACUUCUCUCCCCACUGUGUUCAAGUCACUUCAGGUUUCUUAUGAGCACUGAAGUGUGUCUUCAACUGGACUACAUCAGCCCAUUGGGGCAACAAUAAAACAGGUCAAUGAGAUACAGGAAGCGUUUAGUAGUGAGUGAUCUACAGUAUAGGCUAUAGUUUGGAUAGUUAAACCUGUUGUGUUUUGAAUGUGUAGGACUGAUGAUCCCACUAAAUGCUAAAAAGCUGCUGUCUUGCAAAAGACAAUCUGCAGAUUGUUAUUUUCACUAUUUCCUGGGCAUUAUGGACACUCAGCAUAUAAACUAUAAAACAUUGAGAUGUCUAAUAAUGGUUUUGCACCACAUACAGUAUAAGCAUUUUUGGUUUUGGGGGAAACAGUUUUAUUUCUGUCUAACAGACCAGACAGUGAAAAAUAGCAGAAAGAUGAGGCAAAGCUUUUGAUUGUCAUUGAAUGAAGACAGCAUGAAGAUUAAAAACACAUAGGGAUGUGGAUCCUUUUUAAAGAAAAUGGUCUAGUGGUGAAAACUGGUAUUAGAAUUCUUAGGAGCUUUUUUAUGAGCAUUGAGACGAUUUUCCUUUAAUUAUAGCUGACACACUCCGUAGUGGAAUUGUAACCAGUAUAAAGCUUCAAAACAGGGCUUUGUCUAGCACCUAGCAGUCUUACCAAACUAUAAAACUAACCUGCAAACAUAUUGCACCUUUUUCACAGUAUACAAUACAUAUGCCUUUUUUCUGGGUAACCUCCUCUGUAUAAACCUUUGUUAUAAUGAAUGUUAUUACAGCUAAUUUUAUAUCCGAUUCUUAAGCAAAAUUGGAGACAUUACCAAGCUUGAAACCUUUCACAUGUGGCAUAGCUGACACCCGAGGGACCCUACACUCGUGUUUGCGGUUAAUGUGUAUGUAAAAAGAGCGAUGGAUGGAUGGUUGUCUGCAAACCGGUACUGAAAUCAGCAAGGAAUCUUGUAACCCCCCUGAUGAAAUAGGGGUUAAUUGAUUUUUGCUGCAGUUACGUUGGUGGUGUAUGAGGUGCUUUUGAGGUCAAUGCUUGUCUUUUAGAGCAUAUAGAGGGAAGAUCAGGUGUUAGCAUAGACAAAACAAUGCCAAACCAGAGCCUGUUAUUAUUUUAAAAGGCUCAUGAGGUUUCUGUACUGUAAUGUCUUACCUAUUGCACUUGAAAAUGUUUGACGCCUCAUCUUUUGCAUAUUUAGGAUAGCUAAUAUGAAAUUGUACCUGUGUAUUUAUUUGUGUGUGACUGUUUAAUUUUUUUUGUACUUUUUCAGUGCCUAUAUGUGAAUGUCACUAACAAAUUGUCAGAAUUUACUUUGCUUUUGUUAUCCAGUUUAAAUGUGUGAGUUAUUGGUUAAGAUAUUGGCAUUAAAGUCUGCUCUGGUAUUAGCUCAUGUCAUUACUGAACUAAAACCUACUUUACCCUGUUAAUAAAGCAUAAAGCAUAUCGCG